GGGCAGUUAUUCUCCAGACAUCUGUUUACUUUGUGUCCACAGAAUUUAAAUCAUCCCGAAGUUACAAGAAGGAAGUAUUAAUGAAAGACAAGAGACGACAAUUGUUCUCUCUUGAGAAGAGAAAUUUCCAACAGCGGAAGGAUUUAAUUUCAGAGUAGAAUGCCCUGCACGCAAUGUCACCAACUGAGGGAAAAUUAUAUUCCGGACAUCUGUUUACUUUGUGUCCACAGAAUUUAAACCAUCUCAAUAAUAUUGGAACGAAAUAUUCAAGAAAGGCAAUUAACUACGUUUGAAGAAUUUCACUUCAGAGUCGAUUACUCUGCGAAUACAAAAGUUGACUGCUUAUUUCUGCUAAUUGCGGUUGGACCUCCGUUGCACCAUCCUUUCAAAACUUUUUUUCGCGGAUUGUGGAUCCUAUUUUUUUUUUCGUUCAUUAAAAAACUUUUAGGACCACUUUUCUUGUCAAUAAAGGCCUUUAUGGAACGAACAAAAUAAUACAAGGUUGCUUGUAGAUAUGAAAUUUCUCUUCUUGUUUUCGAUGCGAUGAACAAAUGUUAGAAUAAAAUUUUUGGAGAGGAUGUGGGCGAAAAUAAUCCAUAUAAAGCGAUUGUGCUCUCUUAAAGUAUUGAAGGGAAAAAAGGGAAAAAUACAAGGGAAAAUGCACAGACUUUCAAACGCUUUUCAUCAGUGGAAGACAAAUAAAAGCAAAACAAAAACAAUCAUCGCAACAGUAAUUUUUCCCAGUGAAUUUGUACGCGUUUCAGGCACCCUUGAAUUAUUGUGACCACAAGCAAUUUCUCUCAGUUCCGGAACUUUCGUUGCAUAAUAGAAGCUUCGAAAAGGGAAAACAUUUCAGCCAUAAAUUAGGGGGCAGUGGACAGGAAGGUUAAUUCUGCGUAUUAGGGACAUUCGGAGGGAAUCCAAACUUGCACAAUUUUCAUGCCAAUCGUUUCAUAUUGAUCCUGUGCCUCCAAAUGCCUUCCAACGUCGCUACAAGCAAAUACAAUCUACCUAAAAAUCAUUGAUUACGCCUUCCAUAGCAUCUUUUUUCUUUUUCUUCUGGAACAUCAGUGGGAGCUUCCACAGAAUAAAGGGCGCUGUAUGGGAAAUAUUGGUUACUUCCGACAUAAAUCUUACGAACUGAGGAAUGAAUUUCUUGUAACAUGAUUUAUCACAGCGACUGUAAAAUCAGCAGUCGUGGUUUAAUUUUUACAUUCACGGGAGCCUCGUGAUAAAUAUGGAAUCACGAUAAAUACCACAAUCAGCUAAGGUAAGUUUUUGUUCUGCUGAAUAGUAAUGUUUACAAACCUCCUUAGUCGUUGAGAAUCAAAUAAUAUUCUUUUUCUUUUCACCGUAGACUGGAAGACUGAUUAAUUUUACAUGCGACAAAGCAUCAGUUUCUGUUACAUUGCCGAGAAAUCGGUUUUAUCUUGAAGAAUGAGUAACUUCACUUGUAUUAAUGUGACAGAACUCAGCCCAUACUGCUGCAAACUGUUUCAAAGCGACACGGAAGCAGUCAAAGGAGUUAAAAUACUAUUUUACUGCGUUCUUCUAUUUAUGUCAAUUAUUGGAAACUCGUUGGUCGUUGCCAUCGUCAAGAUGAAUAAACGAAUGCAGAGCAUUACAAAUUAUCUCAUCGCCAACAUGGCUGUCUCAGACAUCAUCAUAACAGUUCUGGUAGUUCCGCGACAGAUAACAGAAAUAUUGCUUGGCCCACGAUCGUGGCUGAUGAGGGGAUUGUUGGGCUCCAUUCUCUGUAAAAGCCUUUCCUUUGUAUCGGACACCACGACUGAUGUCUCAGUCUUAAGUCUCAUGGUCAUUACUGUAGACAGGUAUAGAGGAAUCUUGUUUCCUUUCCAAAAACAACUUUGGAGUCCAUCUAAACUCUGUAAAAUCGUUAUACCACUGAUAUGGAUUAUAUCGAUGUCUUUUCACGCAGUGUACUUCGAUAUUUUUCGCCUUGUGACAUACGACGGAAAUGGAUAUUGCAAUGUGCACUGGACUCCAAAGUGGCAAAAAAUAUAUUUUGUAGCUAUAAUUGUUUGUUUGAUAGCUGUUCCAGCUUUCAUAAUCACAUUUCUGUAUUUGCGUAUUAUUCAGAAUCUCGUAAGAAGUAGAGCUUCUCUAAGCAAAGGACCUUUGAGUUUGAAACGACUAAAAGAAGACACAAAAGUCAUGAGGAACAUCAUUGCAAUACUUAUAGCUUUCGUGGUAUGCGUGACUCCAAUUAGUAUCUAUGGAAUAAUGUUUUUUUUUGUUUGGGGUAUGAAUGUGCCCUGUGGCAUGGAAAACUACGGUUUUGCUGCUCACUUUUUUCUCUAUGCGAACGCAUCGGUCAAUCCAUGGAUAUAUUUUGUGUUCAACGAUAAAUAUCGUCGUGGUUUCGAGAACAUUUUAGGAAAACUCCUUGUCGUUAGAAACGGAAUGGAGUCUAGAAGGGGAUCACCGCACGCAUUAGAAAUGGCAGGUGUCUGAUCAUCUGCUUACUUACAUGUGGGAGGACUGCUUUCAAGUUUUUAAAAGACGUUGAGAAGCGAAGUGUUGUAGUGAAAGAAAGUUCAUAACGUACCCUCCUCCUUAGUCUUUUCGUCCUCCGCUUAUUACACUUGUGGUGCCGGUAAGUUUGCAAGCUUUUUUUUUUUUACCGAAAGCCAGAUUUCAAGGGAAAAGAAAUGUACGAGAAUUUGUACGGGAUGUCGAAAUAUUGUGGUAUAUUUCCCCACAAACGGGGAAGCAUUUUAUUUCCAACUGCGAGAUACCUUGAAGAGAAGUCUCAGGCAAUUCUUCGUAUCGGUAACUCUCUUAUAAUAUUUAUCAGCUGAAGACAAAGUAGACCCAAACUUUUAAGAGUGUUAGAGAAGUUCCAUUUUGACUUUUGACAAUAUAUACAACACCAUUGGUUUAAAUAGGUUUAAUACUGGCUUUUGCUAUUAGUUAGCAAGAGAGCCGCGAUAGCCUUGUUAUUGACAAUUGUAAAUAUAGCACGAAACAACUUA